CAUAAUAAAUAUGAUGCACCUGUAGUGUGUAAAUCCGUUCAGUAAGCUGAAAUUUUGCUUUGUAUUAUUCCGAAUCAUAUUUCGAUAUUAAGUUUGUAAUGCAUCUAGUGAUCAAUAGCAGCCCACGAUGAGGAGCAGUUCGUCCGUUUCUCUGGCGGCGGGUCGCGGUUCUGGCUCGGUUCGUCUGAUCAGCCCACCUACAUGCACGUUAGCAACUCAUAUUGACGCUGCCAUUGAAUAUUUAAUGGUAAAGAAAGACUUUCAGGCUGCUCUGGACACGUGUGAGGCAGGACUGGAGAGUUUGAGUUCUGGAGAGCAGGAGGACGGUUGCCUCAAGCAUGGAGAACUGAAAGCAGCUUUGACUAUAGUGGGGAUUCAAGCAUUGGCUGAACUCAAUCAGUGGCGUGGAGUGCUGACAUGGGUUUUGCAGCAAUUUGGAGAAAUAGAGAAAAUCCCUGCCAAAAUUAUCCAGAUGUGCAUUCUGCUCUAUGUGAAAGUAGAUGAGCGAGCAGUGAUGAAGGAUGCAGUCUGUGAUUGGCUGCACUGCUCUGGUAACAUGAGCCAAUCAGGGUUCAGCACUGUGGCUGAACUGUAUCUCCGGCACAUACUGGUACCGAUGGGCCAAACAUCUGAAGCUCUGGAGUUUCUGGACUGUGAUGUGGGUCGAGUCGCCUUCACUGAGGAACAGAGACAAGCUGCCCAGUGUUUAGUGGACAUUCAAAAUGAAGAAAAUGCAUCAUUGUCCAAUCCAAAUCCUGAAUUUGUAGUUGCAGCUACAACAACUAGUGUUUCACAACAAGAUAAGUUGACGCAGUGGUUGAAUUCUAUAAUGAGGUUGUUACACAGAGGGCUCUCAGUAGCCAGUAUGAGAAUUAGGUCUUUCUGUCUGCGAAGAGUUUUUCUGGCGUUAAUGCUACUCUACCUGCUUCUUGUCCGUGUGGAUCCAGCUCUACCUUCAGCAUUCCCAUGGCUGUUCCGCCUACAUGGACUUCUUCAGCAGACUUGGAACAUGAUGUUUGGACCUUAUUACAGAGCCAACGCCCAGAAUUAGGAUAGGAUCAAAUAGGAGAAAACUGAGGAAUUGGGUUCCUGUCCUGAAACUAACAGUGAAAUGAUGUCUAAAAAUUAUCGAGAUAAUAUUACAUGCAAAUUUAAUGUAAUUUUAUUUGUAUAAAAUAUGUUGAAAUAUUAUAAUUGUUAUUGCUUGUAUGAGUUUGUGUGAACUUUGCCACUGCAGCAUGUAAUUGCCUGACGAUGUGUAGUCAUAUACAGUUCAUAAUAACCUUAAUGAAUGUCACUAACCAGCAUUGUUUGAUGCUUAACAAUGCAGCAGUUCAUGUUCAUCCUUACAUGUCUAACUAUUUAAAGAAAUAUUCUGUGUUCAAUACAAGUUAAGCUUAAGCAACAUUUGUGGCAAAAUGUUGAUGACUUCGACUUGUCCCUCCUUAAAAAAAAAAAAAAAAAAGCAAAAAUAGUAGGAACAGUUAGGCACUUACAAUGGAAGUGAAUGGGGCCAGUCAGUAAAGGCACUUACAGGGUAAGUGAAUGGGGCCAGUCAGUAAACGUUAAAAUACUCACUGUUUCAAAAGUAGAGCCACAAUAAGUAAAUAAUAUACGUGUUAACAUGAUUUUUGUGUGAAAAAAUCACUUACUAACCUUUUUUAUUUGAAGUUCUAUCCAAUUUUACAACUUUGUUGCUAUGACGACAUAACGCCGUUAACCCUAAAACGACUGUAAAAACGAUUCAAACCAAUUUUUCAGCUCAAUUAAUACACAAGUUACAACAGUAAUUAAUGAAAGUGCUUUUUUAUAUAUAUAUAUAUA